UCACUGCAUUUUCGAUGCAUGAUGUAAUGCGAACAUAACCAAAAAAAAGUUUUGCGAAAAAUAUUUACUGUUUAUACGGAGCGCGAUGUAACGACACGCCGUUUAAGUGCAUCCGAUGAUUUGGCGGAUCGUGAACAACUGAAAUGGAAAAUCACGCCGUGUCGCAGGUUGGAGCUAGCCGCACUUCGAAUCGGGAAUCUGUUCCAAAACUAGAUUUCUAGGAGGGAUAAAAAUGGCGACUGAUGUAAUAAUCAGGGGCAAGGACAGGCUGCAAGAGAUCAGUAUGAAACUGGAGCAUAGUCACUUGGCAUAUCUGCAAACAGAUGACAGUCCUUUGAAAUUACAGCAACGUCACAAAUUAGAAGGCUUCAUAAAAGAGUAUCUCUGUCUGGUACCCAACGAGAACAAAUAUGUGUUUCAAGAAACAGCAGAUAUUUUACAUAGAUCAGCAGCUACAGUAACAGAUUUCAGUGGGUAUAGAGCAGCAACUGCCUGGAGUGCAAUUUCAUUGUAUGCAGCUAAUCUCUUGGCUCAACCUUGGCGAAAAGAAUACAGGAUAGUGAGGACAUACAGUGGCUAUUACAAGCAUGAAGUAGAGGCGAAUUUAAUAGGUGCAGAGUUAAUGUUCGAGCAGAUGGGCUAUAAACAUACCGGCCUGGGUGUGCUGACUCUGGAGGGACCGAUCGAUCCGGAUAAAGUCUCCAACGUCAGCAGGGACGCUAUCGUGGCUUUCGUAGAGUGUCAGAUCCUAAAGCAGAUCUGGGAGAGCGUGUCGCAGAACUACACCAUCUCCUGGCUGGAGGUGUUGGAGUUCCGCGAGAGCAACGUCGGCACACCGGAACAGGCAAUCCGCGCGCUCAACUACCGUUUCCUCGAGAAGCUGCACCAGAACCGCGCGGCUAAGGGCAACAGUUACAAGGAUUACUACGCUCAACAACAGCAACAGCAGCAGACCAGUGUGGACGCCGUGCCGCUCACUGUACCGUACCAGAUCAUGCCGCCAAGUUACAACGCGAUGACGAUGCCACCUGCUUGCCAGACGGACUUCCGACGUAUCGAGGACGUGAGUAACAUAGUGCCGGUCAACUACCGCUACUAUCAGCCGUUCGACCGCACCUUCGUCAACUGCUGCAACACUUACGGCUGCCUGCCGCAUGGGAACAAGUUCUACAGCAGCGGCGGCGUGCCAACAGAUCCUUAUUGCGCCACGUUGCCGGCUUACCCACAGAUUCGAGUACCGACCGGCAGAUUGAUAGAGCUCGACGCUGUGCCGACGUCCACGAUGAGCCACUACAGCGACAAAGCUCCUCGCAAGUCACACAGGAUAUCGGAUCUGGACGAGGUGGACUUCUACAAGCGGCCGCAACCUUUGAGCGACGUUGAUCAUUACAGCGAGUACGGCGGCAAGACGGCGGCCGACAGGAAGGCCGCCAGCAGAUCCAACUCCAACGUCAGCAGAACGCGUAGCGACGGCUACGACACGUGGGACUUCGUGUACAAGAAUCUCGAGAGCCAAGGUUACUCGAAGGAUAUUGGCGAGCGGGAGGACGUGUUGCAGCACAGGAAGGAGUUGGAUCCGCGCGCACAGUCCAAGCACAGAGCGCUCAGGACGCAGACGGAGAACGAGAGCAAGUACAGCGCUUACAGGUUCGAGAAGAGAAGGAGCGGCAAGAGCGAGCCGAACGACGUCGACUCCAGCGAGACGAACGGUAGGAAUCACCAGGAUAUCAUGCCGUUCAAGAAGAAGUCCUCGUCCUUCGACCUGUCGGACUCGAGCCGGUACAACAACAGCGGCGCCGCUAUUACGAUAGAUGCGUUUAACCGGGACAAGAGGCACAAUAGUCAGACCUUGCCGAUGCCGCGUAUGCACAAAUCCUCUGAUCAGAUAGCGAAGAUCGAGGACUCGAUGAGGAACAUCGACAUCGCACGGCUCAGCAAGGACGAGGUCGGCAAAGAAGAGGAGCAGCAUGUGGACGAGGGCGAGGGCGGGAACAGGUGGAACUGCGGCACGUGCACAUAUCUCAACACACCCGGCAGGGACAUCUGCGAGAUGUGCGGCAAGUCGAGAUACAAGGGCAACGAGGACAAGCCGCUCGCCAGUGGCGGCAAGGAGUGCCCCAAGUGCACGCUGGUGAACGAGAAGGACGUUUCUAUCUGUGAUGCCUGCCAUACCAGCCUGAAGGAUUCUCCGACCUACAUAUAGACGAAUCGAGUUCCUCGGGGCCUAUCGCCGAGAAAAGAGAAAGAAGAAGAAGAGAUUACUCGAAUCUUGAAGAGUUCCACAAUCGGUGGAAGCGAAGGCGGGCGGUCGUGCGAUCGUGUAGUGUGAUAAUUGCCGCCUGAUGACGAAACACGGGCGGAGUCUCAUCGAUUGCAAGCUUCCCUUCUUCCUUUCGACCUCGGCAGAGGACGAUCAGCUCGUCGCUUUAGCCAGGAUGUUGCGCUAUGAUCCAGUAUAGCGUGCAAGAUACGUUGUGCGGAUACAUGGAGAUACGUACAACACGAGUCUUGUUUUCAACGACCUAACAUGUACACGGGAAGGCAAAUACAGGGAAAAGGAAAAGAGAACUUAGAAGUAUAAUAUAUUGAUAGCAUACGAAUCUUGAUUAUAUAGAGAAGAGAGGGUACAAAGUUAUUUAUUUAAAAUUUAUCUUGCGCAGUGUACGUAAUGUAUAACAAUUCCUCUUUAGUAUCAUUUUAGUAUUAUUAUGAUAUCGGGGCCUAUCGGAUGAGCAUCGAGUAGGCAUCAGGAACAUACGCAUCAUUAUUGACGCUUUUGUAGCUCUUGACAACUUGCUAUUAGGGAAAUUUAAUCAAACGUUGCUAAUCCCAUGCAAGACUUCCUGUCGGCUGAUCGAAAAUCGCGGAACUGAUUCACGAAGACUGGUGGAGAAAUAACGAGAAUUAGUUCAUGUGUCAUCUGUUUUAAUUAUACGAACGGCUGUUUUAAUUAUACGUUCUGUCGUAUAAAAAAACGUCGCAUUUGUUUUCCAAAUUAGGACAUCAUAAUAGAAAGUGAGACGGUACAAUAAAUUGCCGCUAUUGUAAGAAAGAAUCACAGCGAAUAUAAAGUAUUGUUAAUGUGAUUAAUAGAUUUUGUAAUGUGUAAGCACACCACUACGUAAUGUUUCAUGGAAUUGUCCCAAAAAUUUGGAUCGGCAGCCGCUUCUCGGUUUGCGUAUAAUAGUCUACGCUAUGUUAGUAACUUGAAGGAGUGUUUUGCGUUCCCCCGAAAGUAUAAAUUUAGGCGUUUAUUGUGAAAUAUAAAGAGAACGUUAAACUCAACUUUAGCAGAUUAUAAAACUAUCGUGCAUUCGGUUGCGGAUUGUUAGAAUUGUCGUAAUAAUAUUUGCAUAUUGUGCCACGCACAUGUAGGGAAUGAUAAUAAAAAUUUUGAUAUGAUUGGCGGCAUAGUUUCUAUGGCAAUUGACCAAAAUUUACUGACGAUACGGCAUCCACAUGAAAUCAUGCAUUCUGCAAUUGUUUAGAAAUAACUUUCUUAUUUAUUUAAGAGCAGUUAUUGAGUAUAUACCCCAUUGUUAUUUAUUCAUACAUUCCUUAUUCACAUCGAUUCGUUGAAGCGUUAAAUCUAUUCUGUUCACCGAAUAUCUUCCAUCUCCUACGUAUCAGCAACAUCUCUAUAUUUCAUUUGUUACAUUUAAGUUUGGUUUGGAUCAUUGAAUGUAUGUAACUUGCAGUGUCUUAACUUUAUACGUAUGUAAGAUAUGCGCAGGAUGCUUGAAUUUCCGCAAGUUUGUCGAAGUUGCACAAAAUGUAUAUGCAGCUAAGUAAGCUUAGUCGAAAGUGCUUCUCUGUCCGGAGACAUUGGACUUUUGCUCAAUAGAAGAAAAUCUGUAACGAAUGCUUGAGCUAAUGUACUUCAACUUAUGUUCAAUCCCCAAGCAUU